GCCACUCUCAUUUCUCACUGCUCUCAGGCCUCGAGACUCGAGUCACUCGAGCUUCUCCCAUUCUCCCAUCUCCCUACAAAUAAAUGUAUCUCUACGGUUUAUACUUUUUUAUAACUUCAAUAUGAAUGUGAACAUACAAAAGGAUGACUUGAAUUUUUCACAUCAAGUAUAUAAAAAUGAUCCUACUCUAUUCAAUGAUUACAUCGGAAAGAUGAUUAAGAUAACGACGAAGGACGAAAGUAUUUACUGUGGUAUCGUUUAUACUGUCGAUCCAGUAUCAGAAAGCAUUGUACUCCUACAGUCAAAAACGUCUAUGCAUCGUUUGAAAAUAAUAUUCAAUCACUCCAUAAAAAAUGUCGAAGUAACAUCGGAAGCCAAAACGUUUGUGCCAGAAUUAUUUUCAUUGUCAUCUGCAAAACUUUCAGAGGCAAUGAUCGCUAAAAGAAAGGACAUUAUUAUGCAAUUAUUAUUGGAGAAUCUAUUUCCAGUUACAGAGAAGGAUGGUGUCUUACUGAUAGAAGAUACAGUUUCUAUAGAACCCCCGUAUUAUUCUGAUAAUUGCACAUGUACUAACAGCAUUAUCCUUAGUAAAGUACAGAAUAUUUUAACCUAUGCGAAUGUUAAAUAAAAUUGACAAAAUCGAAAUCUAAA